GCGCCGCGAGACACCCGCGCGUCCGCGCCCAUGUUGUGCAGUGCGAGUGCGCGCCAGCCCCGGUGACAGCACCGCCCGGCGCCAUGGCCUGCGCCCGAGGACUCUGCACCGCCGACAAAGUAUUCGUCUUCAUCAACAUCGCCUUCGCGAUGUACAGCGGCGCGCUGCUGGCCACGGCGGCGCGGCUGGCGUGGGACCCCAGCACGUACGCGUGGUUCCGCUUCCUGUGCGCGGCGCAGUACCGCGUGUCGGCGGCCUACGUGCUGGGCGCCGGCGUGUGGCUGGCGGCGCUGGUGGCGCUGGCAGCGGCGGCCCGCGGCGCGGCGCUGCGCGCGUAUGCGGCGGGCGUGGCGUGCCUGGCGGCCAGCGAGCUGGCGUACGGCGCGUGGAUGGCGGCGUCGCUGGCGGCGUGGUGGCGCAGCGCGCCGCAGGCCGAGCUGGCGCGGCGCGGCAUGGACCUGCUGCACGACCUCAAGCCCGCGCUGCUGGCCGUGGACAAGUACCGCGACGUGGCGCGUCCCAUCCUGGACAUGAUCGAGGAGGUGGAGCGCGAGGCGCCCAACAACGCGGUGCUGGUGCUGGUGCUGGGCGCGCUGGCCAUGCUGCUGCAGGUGGCGGCGUUCGUGAUGGCGCGGCGCCUGGCGCGGCGGCCGGCGGCGGGGCGCGCGGGCGCGGAGGCGGGCGCGUGCGCGUGCGGCGCGCCGCCCCUCGCCGCGUCCGACGACGACAGCGACGCCGACGCGCCCGCCAAGCCCGCCGCCAAGCCGCCCGCCGGCUGGCGCAAGAACGCCAACCUGCGCAUGUACACCAUCCUCGACAAGAUUUUCUAGCAGGAGGAUCCGGCGGACGGGCCGCCGGGCGCGCCGGCGCGCGG